GAGGAGCGCGCCUGGGCGGAGGGCUCUCCCGGCGGCGGCGAGAGGAGCCGGGCUCGCUGCGCCUUUAAAGAGAGCAGACUACGGCCCGUGACGCACGCCUGGCCCGCCGCCAACCCCCUCGCUCCUGCCAGGCUCACGGAGGAGAAAACCAACAACUUUUCUUUUGUGCGUGGGGUUACUUUUCUUUUUGCCUCUUCCCUCCUCCCUCCUCCCUCCUCCCUCUUCUUCUUCCUCCUCUUCUUGCUUUUGGUCUUUGCCUUCCAAGAUUUAAACGCUAAUGGCGGAUUAAAAGGCCCAGAAGCCUUCGGCUUUAGAAGUCGGUUCCAGGUGCAGGGGCUUGACCAUCUGACAUCACCAGUAUGACUCUUCAUGAGACCAGGGCAGCUGCACUCCUCUCUUGGGUGAACAGCCUCCAGGUCGCUGAACCUGUGACAUCAGUGCUAGAGCUCCAAGACUGCAACAUCUUCAUCCAGAUCAUCAAUCGAAUACAUGGCACUGAAGAGGGGCAACAGAUCCUGCAGCAGCCUCUGCUGGACAGAUUCAACUUCAUCUCCAACUUUCUGCAGAAGAAUCGCAAGCAUCAAACCUCCACAGAGAGCCUUGUGUCUGUGCAGAAGCUGGAAGAUGGAGAGGAGUUGGAGUUGGCCAAGGUGAUCAUGUUACUCUUAUACCAUUCCACCAUGAGUUCCAAAAGCCUGAGGGAUUGGAACCAGUUUGACUACAAAAUCCAGUCGGAGUUGGCUGCCAUCCUUAAAUUUGUGCUGGAUCAUGAAGAUGGGCUGAGUCUGAAUGACAACUUAAAGAGUUUCCUACAAAAAGCUCCUCUCCCUUCCAGUAGUCCCAGCACCAGCUCUGAUGAGUUUUCCCCAGUGCCUUCCCAACAAGCCAAGAAGGAAGUUCGAUUCUUGGAACUUCAAAAGAUUGGCUCCUCAUCAGGCCUAAACAACUUUUUGUCAGGGUCUCCUGCUUCUCCAAUGGGUGAUAUUCUUCAGACGCCCCAGUUCCAAAUGAGGCGGUUGAAGAAACAGUUAGCAGAUGAACGGGCCAGCCGUGAUGAGUUGGAGUUGGAGUUAACUAAAAGCUGCCAGCUUUUGGCUGAGAAGGACACACAGAUCUCCAUGAUGCAGCAACGUAUUGAUCGCUUGGCUCUCCUAAAUGAGAAGCAGGCCACAGGAUCCAUGGAGUCCAAAGAGCUAGAAGAAUUGCGUGGCAAAAAUGAGAGUCUGAGCAUACGAUUACAUGAAACCUUGAAACAGUGCCAGGACUUGAAGACUGAGAAGAGCCAGAUGGAACGCAAGAUUGACCAGCUAUCUGAGGAGAAUGGGGAUCUUUCUUUCAAGCUUCGAGAUUUUGCCAGCCAUCUGCUACAGCUACAGGAGGCUCUCAAUGAUCAAACAGAAGAACACAAUAGCUCUACAAAGGAGUGGAGAGAGAAACAAACUUACCUGGAAACAGAACUCGAUACCACCCUGCAAGACAAGAAAUGCCUUGAAGAGAAGAAUGAAAUCCUCCAGGGAAAAAUCUCACAGUUGGAAGAGCAGUUGGCACAGAUUGGGAAGAAUCCUUCCCAAGAGAAGGGAGAGGUGUUGGGCGACAUCUUACAGCUGGAAGCCCUGAAACAAGAGGUAGCCACCCUUGCUGCAAAGGAGGCCGAGCUUCAGGACACAGUGAAGCAAAUGGAGUGUGAACGACAUCAACGAGAGGCAGAGCUGCAAGCUGAGCGAGGCCGCUUUGAGGAAGAGAAGCAGCAGUUGGAGCAGAAGGCUCAAGCCCAGGAAGCCCAGCUUGCUGCUCAGGUGGCCAGCCUCCAUGCCACCCUCCAGCAGCAGGACCGUGAUCUGGCUGACCUGAAGCAGCGGGCUGAAAAGGAGCAAACACGACUGACUGAGACCCUGCAGCAACAAGAAUUGGCUUCCCAAAGUCUAAAGCAUCAGGUGGAGCAGCUGAGCAGCAAGCUGAAACAGGAAGAGGGGAAGCUCCAGGAUUGGGAGGUGAGCAGCCAGAUGAAGGAUCAGCAGCUAGCAGCAGCUAUAGAGGAAUGCAAAGAGGCCCAGCAGGAAAAGGAUGCAGCCCUGAAGCAGCUGGAAGAGCUGGGGAAAGAGAAAGCCAUUGAGUUGGGAGCUCUGCAGAAACAGCUCCAAGCCACUAAGGAAGCCUGUACCAAUGCCCAGACUUGUGCCACACAGGCCGAGCAGGAGAAGAACGUAAUGAGGCAGAAGGUGGAGGAGCUCGAUGCUUGUGUAGUUGACCUGAAAGCCUGGCAAGAAGAACACAAAGCAGAGGCUAAAUCAGCAGAAAAUCUUCAAACUCGGGUCCAAGAACUGGAGAGUUGCCUAAAAGCUGAGCAACAGAAAGUGGCAGAGAGAGAAGAGCUAGCUCGGGAGAAUGCCCAGCUCCAGGAACGACUGCUUUCCUUGGAAGAAUCAGUGCAGAACACUAAAGGAAUCCUUGAGGAUGAAAAGCGUCGGGCUGCAGAGGCCCUAGAGGGGCAGCUCCAGCGCGUUUCAGAACUAGAGGCAGAGACACAGAGCCUGGCGCGGCAGCGAGAACAAGAUCGGCGGCAGCUGGAAGAGGUGAAGGCUGGGCGUCGAGGUCUGGAGGCUCAGCUCCAGAAACUUGGGGAGGGGCACCAGGCCAAAGUAGAAGCCUUGCAUCAGGAGCUGGAAAAGGUGGCAGCCACCCAGCAAGAAGCAGAGAGAGAAUGCAAGCAGAUGGCUACAGAGGCAACCUCCUGGCGUACUCGUUUUGAAGAGAGCCAGAAGGAGGCGUCCCAGUGUGAUGCCCGGCACAAGGAGCAGUUGAAGGCUCUGAAUGAACAGUGCGAGGGAGUGCAGCGGCAGCUGCAGGAAGCCCAGGAAAGAGUGGCAGCGCUGGAGGCGCUUGUUGAGCGCCAGGACACCGAGCAGCAAGAACACACCCAACUCAAAGCCAACCUGGCAGGUGCCCUCCAGCAACUCCAGGAGAAGGAGGAGCAGGCUAACAGUCUGGCUGAAGGCCUUUCCAGGCUGCAAGAGGAGGUGGCUCAUCUCAAGGCUGCAGCCAAGAAGGCAGAGGAGGAGAAGGAAACCUCCUUACAGAAACUAGCUGAAGAGCAGCAGCGGGCAGGAGAGCUUGAGGCUGCUGCACAGCAGCUGAAAGAGCAGCAGGGCCAGGAGCUGAGCAGGACUGGAGCGGCCCUGCAGGCCAAGGAGCAGGAAGCUGAGCAGCUGGCGAGGGAGCUGGAGCAAACACGCAGUGCCCUGGCUAAGAGCCGGGAGUGUCAAGAGGAAAAGCAUGCCCAGCAAGAGCGGGAGGUGACCCGCGUGGGAGAGGAGCGAGAUCAGGCCAAGGCUGACCUGGCUGCCGAGAAAGCAGCCAAGGCAGAGCUGGAGAGAAGGCUGCAGAGCUCCCUUAGUGAGCAGCGGGUGGAGUUUGCUACCUUGCAGGAAGCUUUGACCCAGGCCUUAGAAGGAGCUGAAGGGAAGGAGCAGCAGCUCAAACAACUCCAAAAGCAAGAGAAUGCCCUGCGGGCAGAACGGGCAGAGCUGCAGAGGACCCUUGAGGAAUUGAGAGAGCAGCUGGUCAAGGCAGAGGAGAUGGUUUCCCAGGCAGGCACCCCUGGGGCCACAGAGUCAGGUUCCCAGGAGCUGGAGGCUCUGCGAACUCAGCUGGGCAAAGCAGAGCAGCAAUGUCGGGAGCAGGAGGAGAAGAUCUCCAAAUUGGAGCAUCAACUGGAGGCUUCUCAGAUGUCCCAGGCCAGUCAGGAAGGUACUGCUACCACUCUUAAGGCCCAGCUGGAGGAGAGUGCCCAAGAACUGGCUGCUCUCCAAGCUGCCGCUCAGGAACGGAGCAAGGCUGAAGCAGAGUGGAAAGCCCAAGUAGCCCACGCCCAGCAGGAGGCAGAGAGGAAUACCAGCCUUAUUGGCAGCCUGGAGGAGGAGGUAUCUAUCUUGAACCUCCAGGUCCUAGAGAAAGAAGGAGAGAGCAAAGAGCUGAAGAAGCUGGUGCUAGCCGAGUCAGAGAAGAGCCAGAAGCUGGAAGAGCGUUUGCGCCUGCUGCAGGCAGAGACAGUCAGUGCUAGCACGCAGGCAGCAGAGCGCAGUGCAGCCCUGAGCUCUGAGGUGCAGGCUCUCCGGGAGGAAGCCGAGAAGCAGCGAGUGUCUGCAGAUGGUCUCCGGCGGGAACUGGCCUCUCAGGCUGAGCGGGCAGAAGGUCUCGGCCAGGAAUUGAAAGCAUGGCGAGAAAGGUCAUCCCAGAAGGAGCAAUCCCUGUCCUCGCUGCAGCGAGAGCUCACUGCGGCCCAGGCCCUGGUGGGGGAGCUGCUGCCUGUCAAACAUCUAUACCAGCAGUUAGAGGCUGAACAAAGUGCCCUGCAAAGCCGUCACCGUGAGGAGCUCGAGCAGGGUGAGAAGGCUGCAGCUGCACUGCAGGCAGAGCUCCUUCGAGCCCGUCGUGAGCUUGGAGAACUUGCUGCAUUGCGACAGAAAGUGGCAGAGCAGGACCGGGCAGCCCAGCAGCUGCGGGCAGAGAAUGCUGGUUAUGUCGAUCAGCUGAGUGCACUACAGCAGGCCCACAGCCAGCUAGCAAAGGAGAACAGGGACCUGGGGGAGCGGGCCAGCCACGGGAGGCAACAGCUUGAAGCUGAGCUCAGGAGAACCCAAGAACUCGAGGCACUGCGGGCCAAGGCAGAAGCCCAGAUAACCCAGAGUCAAGAGGAGGCUUUGGACACAGUGCGACAACUGGAGACCAUGACAGCUAAGUAUGAGAAUGCCAAGAGCAAGGUCCUGGAAGAGAGGCAGAGGUUCCAAGAAGAGCGGCAGAAACUCACUGCCCAGGUGGAGCAACUAGAGGUAUUUCAGAGAGAACAGACUAAGCAGGUGGAGGAACUGAAUAAGAAGCUGACCCAGCAACAAAAUCUGAAAUCCCACGAGAGUGAAAUUCAGCAGGAAGCUCAUCUUCAGGCCCAGCUAAGUGAACUGCAGGCCCUGCUGAACCAGAAGGAACAGGCUGCUGAGCACUAUAAGGCGCAGAUGGAGAGGGCCAAGGCUCACUAUGAUGCCAAGAAGCAGCAGAACCAGGAGCUGCAGGAACGGCUGCAGAACAUGGAGAUUCUACAGAAGGAGAACACUGAGCUUCGAGCUGAGUCCGAGCGGCUCAGCUGGGAGCUGCAGCAGUCUGGGCUGAAGACCAAGGAGGCUGAGCAGACCUGCCGCCAUCUCACAGCUCAGGUUCGAACAUUGGAGGCACAGGUUGCCCAUGCAGAUCAGCAGCUCCGAGACCUUGGCAAGUUUCAAGUGGCAACAGAUGCAUUGAAGAGCCGAGAACCCCGGGUGCAGCCCCAACUGGACCUGAGCACUGAUAGCCUAGAACUGAGCAAUGAAGAAGGGACCCCACUGACCUCUACAAGAUCAGCAGCUCACCGCACCCGAAAAUCAUCUCGAACCCAGCCUGAUGGCAACAGCCUUCCUGGGGAGCUAGCCUCUCCCAUCUCUCAGCGCCUGCCUAGCAAGGUGGAGUCUCUGGAGAGUCUGUACUUCACACCGAUCCCUGACCGAGGACAGGCUCCCUUAGACAGCAGCCUGGACUCCUUGGGCGACAUCAUACUGGAUUCUGGUCCCAAGACCCGUUCAGCUCGAAGGCGGACCACACAGAUAAUUGAUAUCACCAUGUUAUCCAGGAAGCUGGAUACAGAUGAACCUGACAGCUCCAAUUCAUCCUUCUACAGCACACAGUCAGCCCCUGCCCCACAGCGUAGCCUCCGUGGAGGCCUUCGCUCUGCUUCCUCAGCUCAGUCCCUGGCAAACUGCCCCUCCCGGGAGUCCCGGACCAGGCUGGGCUCCAUGGAGGAUGGUAACUCAGCCCUGCUCAGCCUCCCUGGCUACAGACCUACCACACGCAGCUCAGCCCGGCACUCCCAGACCAGGGCAUCUGGAGGGGCCCCUACAGGACGAAGCAGCUUCUACACAGGCACCUGCCAGGAUGAACCAGAACAGCUGGAUGACUGGAACCGAAUCGCAGAACUGCAGCAACGCAACCGCGUCUGCCUCCCCCACCUGAAGACCUGUUACCCCUUGGAGGCCAGGCCUUCCAUGAGCCUGACCACCAUCACCGAUGAAGAGAUGAAGACUGGGGAUCCCCAAGAGACCCUGCGUCGAGCCAGCAUGCAGCCAGCCCAGACCACUGAGUACAGUGCUACCCAUCACAUCCCCCCGAGCAUCACCACCCGGCAGCACCGAAAGCGAGUCUCCACCGAGCCCGAGCAAGGCCUGGGCACCCCUGAGGCUAAGAAGCCGACCAGCUGUUUCCCUCGUCCCCUUACUCCCCGGGAUAGACAUGAAGGCCGGAAGAUGAGUGCUCCCGAGGGCCACAAGAAAGGGGCCCCUGCUGCCAACAAGCAGACCAACAGACGCCAGUCAUUAGCCUUCAACAUUCUAAAUACACCUAAGAGGCUGGGGAACAGCCUGCUUCGGGGGGCUGCCAAGAAAGCUGCAGCCAAGGCCUCUCCCCUCACUCGAAGUGGGACCCGCCGCUCCCCCCGUAUCGCCACCACUACUACUGGCAGUAGCACUUCUCCCCGUGCCAGGGGCAAGGCAAAGCACUGAGGGACCAGGAUUUGUGAGCAUCUUCUGCCCAUAUCUUCCAUGACAACUCCCUAUUCUUCCUAGGGGCCCACUGCUGGGCCUCAGCCCACUGUCCUCCAGUGCCUUCUUUCAGUGCUCCGGUGUGGGGAGACUUCUCAACUCCCCAAAGACACUGAUACCUGCCUCCUGCUCCCCCCCUGCCUGGAGUCCCAUCCAGCACACCUUCCCAGGGAGGCAAAUGGGGAGCUGGAGGCUGCCUUGUGGGAGCUGGGGCCUGGCUGAUUCCUAGCCAGAUCAACCCACACCUGUUCCCCUAUUUACUUUGAAGCACAGUAAUCCCCUUAGCUCUCCAGCAGAGAAUGAAAGAUCCAGUCAAACUGAGACUGUAGAGAUGGCCAACCCUCCUUUCCUCCUUCCCUCAGUCUCUCUAGCUACAGCCUUUGGAAAGUCCCCUCGGUCACAGAAGGGGACCACCCUGGGCCCUGGGCCUCCCAGGAGCUCCAUCUCUAGGGAUGGUUCCUGUUCCAAGGGCUAUGGCUGCUCCAGGGGCUGACACUGAAGAAGCCAAGUUCCCAAGAUUGCUUGGGGAAGAGAGAGUCUGAGUCUCUGCUACCUACUCCAGCUGCCUGGGCUCUUCUGCCUUUCUCCCCAAAGGGGGCCUCCCCCCAAACCCCAUCACCAUCCUCCUCAUCUAAUGACUUAAGCUUCAGCAGCCCCUGCCACCUCUAAGCCUCUUUUCUGCCUCUCUGUGCUUAACUAUCUCGAGGAGGCAUUUGCCAGCAAAGGACCCCGAGACCCUCCUCCCACCCGAGCCCCAGCCAAUGGAACCUGUUGUAAGGGGAAGCUGGGGAAGCAGACUGGAUGGCUAUGUCCCCUUUCCCAUCUUCUUCCCCUGAGGUUCAGGGGGUGGUCAGAGGUACCCAUCUUGACACUUCCCUCUUUUGGGUACUAACUGCUCCCCUGCUCCUUAAACAUUUUUGGAGAGACAAGGAAUAGGGAGAGUAUAUUGGGACCUAGAGGGGAGGGAAGGGGAAGGCCAUAGGUCAUCUGUUCGAAUUUUUUAAAUGUUAUUACUUGUAAAUAAAGUCUUAUUUUUCUCCCUGA